AUGGCGUCGUCCUCCAGCUUCGCCCCUCCGAAACUGGACGACUUCAUCCUGACGGAGCGGCUGGGUAGCGGUACGUACGCGACAGUUUACAAGGCCUAUCGAAAAGGGGAUAGUCGAGAGGCAGUAGCUGUGAAGGUGGUUGCCAAGAAGACACUGAACAAGGCCUCUACAGAGAACCUGCUCACCGAGAUUGAGAUCCUCAAAACCGUGCGACACCCUCAUAUUGUUCAGCUGAAAGACUUUGUGUGGGAUUCUGAGAACAUCUACUUGAUCCUGGAAUGGUGUUCCGGCGGAGAUCUGUCCCGUUUCAUCCGCAGUCGUCGGAUUUUGCCGGAGGGAAUCGCGCGGCGUUUUCUGCAGCAGAUAGCCUGUGCUCUCCAGUUCCUACAUGAUCGAAACAUUUCCCACUUGGAUCUGAAACCGCAGAACAUCUUGCUGUGUGGCUCUGUCCUGAAGCUAGCAGACUUUGGCUUCGCCCAGUACAUGUCACCGUGGGACGAAAAGAGCGUGCUGAGAGGCUCUCCUCUGUACAUGGCUCCCGAGAUGGUGUGUCGACGCCAGUACGACUCCAGAGUGGAUCUCUGGUCAGUGGGAGUUAUUCUUUAUGAGGCACUGUUUGGACGGGCCCCUUUUGCAUCAAGGUCGUUUUCAGAAUUGGAAGAGAAGAUUCGGAGCAACCAGCCUAUUGAUCUCCCUCCAGGGGCCAAGGUCUCCAAGCAGUGCCGUGACCUCCUAUUGCGUCUCCUUGAGAGAAACCCGGAUGCGCGGAUCACCUUCGCCGAGUUCUUCACGCAUCCCUUUGUGGAUAUGGAGCACAUGCCGAGUGCCGAGAGCUUGGGGAAGGCAAAAGAACUGGUCCUGCAGGCGGUCCAGAAGGACCAGGAUGGCGAGAGGUCCGCUGCACUCUCUUUUUACUGUAGCGCCCUGGAGCAUUUUGUCCCUGCUAUUUAUUAUGAGACUGACAGACAGCGAAAAGAUAUCCUUAGGCAAAAGGUCCGCCAAUAUGCGUCACGAGCAGAAGAGCUGAAGGCCCUGGUAGCCUCAGACAACAAGUUAAUGUUUGAGGAGGCGCGCACUUCCAGGGACAUUCUCCGAGAAAUGUCUCGUGAGCAACCACGCUUGCUGGCAGCGCUGGAGAUGGCUUCAGACAUCAUCGCUAAGGAGCAAAUUGGAAUGGACGAAAAUGAGGCCUUGGAUGAAUACCAGAAGUGUUUAGGAGAACUCCUAUUGGCGCUUGCAGCUGAGCCGCAGGGCCGCCGACGUGAGCUGCUCCACGUUGAGAUUAAAAGCCUUAUGAGCAGAGCUGAGUACCUCAAGAAGAACAUCAAGAUGCAGGAGGCUGAGAGAGAUGUGUCACUGGAUCGGGAACCCUUAGCGGACUCGGUCAGAAGUUCAUGCUGUGUGCAGUAA